CCGGCGCGUGCGCAUUGGGGAAGGACGGGGCGGCAUUCCAUGGAUCGCUGCUGCGCGUGCGCCGGAACGCCGCCGUUUCCCGGCGCAUGACCUGUCAGCAUGGCGGAAGCUAUGCCCGAGAUGGAGGAUGAGGAUUUCUUGUUUGCGCUCAAGCUCCAGAGGGAGUGGGAAGAGGAGGAUAAGGCAGCGGCAGCGGAGGAGGCGGCAGCAGCAGCGGCAGCAGCAGCAGCAGCGGCAGCAAAGCGCGCCGAUGUCCCACCGUACCGCGCGUCCCCCCGCCCGAUGUCGGUGGUGGACGAGGCGUGGGAGCUGCUGGACCCCAGCCCCGACGUGCACGGCCUGUUCGUGCACUUCAACCAGACGCUCUUCUGGAGGAAGCUGGAGGCUGUCACGGUGUCCUGGAGCCCCCGCAUGACCAGCUCUGCUGGAAUCUGUACAUACCAUGAAAAAAGUGGAUUGUGUUCCAUUCGUCUGAGUGAGCCACUACUAAAGUUAAGACCAAGGAAGGAUCUCGUUGAGACACUGUUGCAUGAAAUGAUCCAUGCCCUGCUCUUUGUUACUCAUAACUACAAAGAUCGUGAAUCUCAUGGACCAGAGUUCUGCAAACACAUGCGUCGCAUUAAUCGCUUGACUGGAGCCCAUGUCACAAUUUAUCAUAACUUUUAUGAUGAGGUUGAUGUGUACCGCCAGCACUGGUGGCGAUGCAAUGGCCCCUGUCAAAACAGAGGACCUUACUUUGGGUAUGUGAAGCGCUCGAUGAACAGAGCACCCUCUGCACACGACCUCUGGUGGGAUGACCAUCAAAAGACGUGUGGGGGCACAUUCACAAAAGUGAAAGAGCCAGAAAAGUUCUCCAAGAAAUCAAAGCAUAAAACUGAGACAGCAAAACUUCCACAUUUCAAGUCAAAGAACAAAGGCAAGACACAAAUGCACAGUACUCAAGAUCUGAUGCCUUUUAGUGGAAUGGGUUACCGGCUUGGAGGAGGAGACAGUGUACUUUCAGAAAAAGACACAAAUGCCAGCAGCAGCAUUGGAAACAGUGAAGCACAUGGUUCACAGCAUCAUUCAGCAAUAAGGACAAGACCAAUCCCUAAAAAUGAGAUAAAAUUUGAAAAAUUACCCCAUAGUGGCAUCUUUCCACUUCAUACCGAUGAUGCCAGUGAGAAGAUCAACUUAACUUUAAAGCAUGAGUUUCCUAAACUCUCUGUUGCUAACACAGAAGAUUACGAGAAUGAUAGUGGAUUGCCUGCUAGAAUGGCUCAUGUUAGGGAAUUAAAAUCAAACCAAGGCUCUGCAAAUAACAAGAGGGCUCUGCCGUCUCCCAGUCGGCCACCCAAACAAAUUUGUCUGGAGCAGACAACAACAGCUCAGGGUGCAUCUGAGAAAAAAAGCUUAGAAUGUGUUAAUACACCACAGCAAUGGCCAAAACUGGAAGACAAAACUGCCUUUGAAAAGUAUUUCAUUAAAAAAGGGGGUACUGGUGUCACUUCGAGUAUAAAUACAACUAUGAAAACCAAAGCUGAAUUCACACAGUCCUCUGCAAGUUCUAGCAAUCCUGUGAGGCAGGAUAAAAAUGUCAGUUGUCCUGUCUGCGAAACUGAAGUUUUGGAAUCUAAAAUAAAUGAACACCUUGAUUCUUGUCUUGCAUGAAACAGCAGAAAGCUGUCUCAGAAAGAUAAAUCAGGGCUGAAAAC